AGAAGAAGAAGAUAAUGAAAUAGUUUACAAGGGUGGGCUGAAGCGAAUUGAGAGAGAAAGAGAAAGAAGCAAAUGGAGAAGAAGAUGAGGAAAUCUCAAUGUGUUGUUUCAAAAUCCAUUGCUAAGAACCUUUUGUUUCUCUUUGUCCCUCUUCUGUGCUUUUCCAUUGUUUCUUCAUAUGAUUCUCUUGAUCCAUAUGGAAACAUCACCAUUACAUGGGAUAUUAUGAGUUGGACUCCUGAUGGUUAUGUUGCGGUGGUGAACAUCAGCAACGAGCAACAGUUCCGUCCGGUGUCGGAGCCGGGAUGGAAGCUCGGCUGGACAUGGGAACGCCAGGAAGUCAUCUGGAUCAUGGUCGGAGCUCAGUCCAUCACCCAGGGCGACUGCUCCCGUUUUAAAGGCAUCAUCCCUCACUCCUGCGAACGUAGCCCAACCAUCGUAGACCUCCUCCCUGGAACUCCGUACAACGACCAAAUUUCCGGAUGCUGCCGCGAUGGCGUGCUCGCGCCCAUGGGCUUCGGCGAUCCAUAUCUCUCCACUGCCGGGUUCCAGCUCACAGUUGGCGCUGCCGGUAAUACCAAUAAGACUGUGCGGGUGCCCAAGAAUUUUACUUUUGGGGUGGAAGGGGGAGGAUAUACCUGUGGACCUGCUAAAAUUAUGAGGCCUACUCGGUUCUUCACCCCGGAUGGGAGGAGAGUGACCCAAGCGCUGAUGACAUGGAAGGUUGUGUGCACAUACUCAGCCUUCUUAGUAAAGAAGCCAGUGUGUUGUGUGUCAUUGUCGUCAGCCGAUCACCGUUUGUCUUCCUCAUGCAAGGAUUGUGCUUGUGGUUGUCGGAAUGCAUCUAUGGCCUGUACAGGGAAAGGAGGUGCAGAAAAGGCUUGCGCAUUUGCCUUCAGCUGUGAAAUGCACCAACCACAAUUGUCCAGUUAAUAUCAACUGGCAUCUCACAUCCAAAAGCAAAGAUAAUUGGGGUGCUAGAGUUUCAAUCACAAACUACAACCUGAGAAGAAAUAUCUCUGACUGGGCCACAUUGCUCCAUCUACCUCAAUCCAAUCACUUCAUUAAAAUUGUUCACGCCAAUCACAAGCCUUUCUUAAUCCAGAACAGUGAAUGGGAUAUGUUCUGGGGCAUAAAAAAAUACAAUAGGGUGAUCAAGAGAGCUGGAAUGAAGGGCUCCGUUGUGGACUGGGAGGUUAUUUAUAGCUACAAGAAUGGCAGCAUUCACAAUGGCACUGUUGAGCCUCCAUACAUUCCCUUGGCCAUCUAUUUCAAUGGUUAUCCUUGUUCAAUGCCUGCCACAAGAACUCUCCUCAAAGCUUGAGGUUGAGAACCUCUUCACUUGCUCUUGUUUAUCUUUAAGAAAUAAAUAAGUUAACCUUAAAACUUAUGUAUUUUCAUCGUUUGACACAACCUCUUUACAUGAGUAUUUGGUAAUUAUUUUAUAA